AGUAGUACGUCAUAAGUGGCGAGAUUGCAAAAUAUACCGUCCAAUUAGAGUGGGCGGUAAUCAGGAGUAUAAUUGUUUUCACCUUUAUAUGAUCACAAUUUUAUAGUAACUAAUAACAAAUCGAAUAAAUUAUCGAUGGUAUUAACUCUUUUACGAACCAAUAAAUUUACAGGUGAUCCUGAAACAAAAGGUCGUCUUUCAUCAAAGUUUAUUGAUUCGAUGGAGUCGAACACUGUCCAUUGUUCCAUUGUCCACUUUAUAUCAGUCCAGUCUCUUUUCCAGAAUUUCCUGCCCCGUGCACGUACAUCUGACGUCAUGGUGUCCAGGACUCCGGUGAAAACAAUCAACAACAUGUCGGCCAUCGUAGACUGGAUUAGCAAGGAAGAAGCUCUCACGGACAUAUUCAACCGUUUUGAUACAGAUUUCACUGGUGAACUAACAGCUGAACAACUACAGGAGCUUCAUGCUGGCUUACGAGAUGGAGGAAUCAGUUUGCCGCAAGUAGAGGCUUCAAUAGAAGCGGUUUGUGCGGCCGAAACUUGUGAUCGGCAAGAACUUUACGAUGUCCUCAACGAGAUGGACCGUAGAUAUUAUCUUGUUAAGGACUUGCAAUGGGAAUUCGCUAUGCUGGACAGGGAAAAGAAAGGUGUUAUCAGUGAAAGAGAGGCAAGAUUCCUUUUUCAGGCUGUACACGACGAUUUUUUCUCACAUCGACGUUGGCUUAAAUUCCUCCGUGGUCGCGCUGCACCGGGUUCUGGAAUCAGCUUCGCGGAAAUUGAAGUUCCGCUCUGCGAUAUACCGACCAUGGAUUGGCUCGACGAAGAGAAACAAGACGAUGACAAAGCGAAGGAGGAAGUGUUGAGACGCAAACAGGAGAAAGAAAGAGCUGAGGAAGAGGAAAGAAAAGCCGCCGAGAAAAAGGCGAGGCUGGAGAAGGAGGCAGCGAGGAGGAGAGAAGAUGCUUCUAGGAAAAAGGCGGAAGCAGAGGCCGCUAAAUUAAAGGCUGAACAAGAGGAAGCAGAGAGGAGGGCGAGAGAAGAGGAGGAAGAAAGAAAUCGCAAGAAAUAUGAGGAGGAUAUGAAGAAGCUUAGCGAGGAGGAAGCAAAACUAAGGGAAGAAGAGGAGAGACUGAGACAGGAGGAAGCCCAGAGACUGGAGGAAGAAGACAGGAAGAGAAGGGAACAGGAAGAAGCAGCUCAGAAGUGGAAGAAAGAUGAACUUCUCAAACAGCAGGAACUGGAGCGUGAGAGGGAGGAGAGGGAAAGACAAGAAAGGGAACAACGUGAGAGGGAGGAAGCUAUGGAGGCUGAAGAUCUUGCAGAUGAAGCAGAAGAAGCAGAAAGAGCUGCAGCGGAAGCAGCUCGCUUAGCAGCUGAAGCAGCAAAGAAAGCAACUGAUGAGGCCGCUAGAAAGGCUGCUGAAGAAGCAGAAAAGAAAGCUCUUGCUGAAGCAAUGGCAAACAAGGAGAAGAAAUUGCGUGCCAACUUGAAGGGUGCGAAAAAAUCGAGAAAAAUUGACAGGUUGGAGGGCUCAAUCAAGGAAGCUAAAAAUGCUAAGAUGCCAGGGUUGAAGAAUGACAUUGAUGAUGCAGAGAAAACUCUUAAGAAUGUCCAAGCAGGGGAGGCACUUAGGAGCGCAAUAAGACGUCGUCACCUAGGUGACCUGGAGAAAUCAAUGGCUGAUAUUCGCAAAAAUGGUUGGGAGAAAGAUUGGGGCAUUGAGCUAAAAGAGGGAGAAAAGCUGGCUAAGAGGCUGAGACGACUUGAGAAACUGAAAGCAGAAAUCAUGGAACUUAAACAAAGUGUCAUUUCUGAGAUCAGGAGCUACCAAAAUCCACCUCCUGCAGUGCAUAAGGUUAUGAUUGCUACAUACCUGCUCCUGGAUUACCCUGAGAAAGAGUUACUAAACUGGAGGAACAUGCAAGCACUACUUGGCAAGACAGGCAAAGAAGGACUUAAACGUCAGGUCACUUCCUUAGAUCCCUUAAGAGUGGACAUGCCAAAGGCUGAUUAUGCUUUUGACAAGUAUCUCAAGGAGACUGAUCUGGAAACCAUAAGAGACACAAGUGCUGGAGCAGCUACUUUCUAUGUUUGGGCUACUAACAUGAUAGAGGAAGUCCAUGCUGUUGCUGAGCAGAAAGAAAAGUUACUUGAAGAAGAAAAGAAGAGAAAAGAAGAAGAAAAAGAAGAAGCUAGGAAGGCUGCAGAGAGAAAGAAAGCUCGAGAAGCUGCGAAGAAAGCUGCUCCAUUGACAAAGAGGACAUCGCAGAUGUCGUCAGGACGCAGGGCAUCAAAAGAUAUCGAAACAAGGGGUAGAAGCAACUCCAGGGGUAGAGAAGGGAGUAGAGACAACAUGAGUAAAUCCCCUGCCAGACCAGGUGUGGCUCGAAGAACAAGUAGCAAGUCUCCUGCUGCUCGAAGCUGAUGAUCUCGUCAUUAAUCUAAAAAUGACUUUUAAGUUUUUCAUGGCGAAAUCUGAGGGGAAGGGACUCCAAUAUAAAUGUGAUAUGCAUACCCUUCCAAAAAGGGGAACAUUGGGGAAACCUAACAAUUAUUCAAGUUGUAUUAAUUCUUACAUUUUAAUUGUUAGUUUCAUGCGGUAUUGUACAGGGCUUGAAUUCCAGCUUGCCCUUCGGAAAAGUGACUCUCAAAGUCUGCUUGCCCUGGGCAAGUCUUAUUUUACUUUCUUAUUUAGUUGGUCGACGACUUGUCUAAAUGAGAAAUUACUUGUCUGUGCAGAAAAUCUACUUGUCACAGACAACUGGGUGACACUUUUUUUGAGGGCUGUUGUGAUGUUCACCUAAUCUGCAAUUAUUAUGCAUUUGGGUGAAUGUUUUUCAUUACUGGAUGCUCUUAAAAACAAAUGUCAUAUAUCUCCUUUAAACAUUUCUCAGCCAAUCAAAGUGCUAAGAACCACAUUGUAAAUUAUAAUUAUGACACAGUUUGACAUCUCCAACUUCCACAUUAACCACAGUGGGGCAAUUUUUCUAUUUAAUAUAUUAUUUAUUUUUAUCUGACUAGUAAGCUGAUAUUUUUUAACGCAAAAAGUCCACUUCUGGUGCUUCAUUUGUCUUUUAGCCUUUGCUGGAAGUGAUAAGGAAAUUGAAGCACCCUUCAGGCUCAAAAAUGUACUUUAUCAUAAAUUAUAUCAAGAAAGAAACACAUUCUGUGAACAUAUGGUAAUAUUUUCAGUUAUUUUCUAAGGAUGGCAAGGUAAACAAGUAGACAUGGCAACAGCCUUUUGUGUAUGAUAAUUAAAAUCUGUGUAUAUGUAUAUACAUAAUUUGUUAGUGGUAUUUGGCAUUGACAAUGAAGCUCCAUGUACAUAUUAUAUACUACUGGUACGCAACUAUUAUGCAGGGGUUUUAAAACGUUUUACAAUUAGGUACCUUACAACUUUUACCAGUUAUUUUCUGUCUGCUUGAGAUGUUAUUAAUAAGAAAAGGGGAACUGAAAAACACAUAAUUAUAACUCUCUGAUUUGACUUAAACUUCUUAAUUGUGCCACAACCAAUCAGUUGGCAGAUCAAACUAAUGGGAUGAUGACCAUCUAGGUUAGCAGUUUAUUCAUUAGUAGGCUGAGAAAUAUAUAUUUUUUCACUUCCAGUAGAAUGACAUUCACACUCAAAGUGCAGCAACACUUCUAUUUUAUUAAACAAAAUGUUUUUAAUGA